AUGGCUCCUAGCGCAGUUGUUGAUGACUUCACCAGCCACGAUGGCCAGGCCCUCGAGGAGCUCUCCGACAAGAUUGACGACGUCAACGUGAUCAAGUACGACGAGUCAUCCAAGUUCGACAAGCAGAAGGACAGGAACACCUUCCGCCAAUACGCUGAUGCCACCGACCGCGUCAAGAACUUCUACCGCGAGCAGCACCACAAGCAAACAGUCGCCUACAACCUGGCUGCUCGAAACCGCUUCUACAAUGCCACUCGCCCCCGAGCUGAGAUGACCAUCUGGGAAGCCAUGGAGAAGCUCAACACUCUUGUUGACGAGUCCGACCCAGAUACUUCUCUCUCCCAGAUCCAGCAUCUUCUCCAGUCUGCUGAGGCUAUCCGCCGCGAUGGCAAGCCUCGAUGGAUGCAGCUUACCGGCCUCAUCCACGAUCUCGGAAAGCUGAUGCUCUUCUUCCCCGAGCUUGAGACUCAAGGCCAGUGGGAUGUUGUUGGCGACACAUUCCCCGUUGGCUGUGCUUUCUCCGACAAGAUCAUUUACCCCGAGACCUUCGCUGAGGGCAACCCUGAUGCCACCAACCCCGACUUCAACACAAAGUUCGGUAUCUACUCCGCCAACUGCGGUCUCGACAACAUCAUGCUCUCAUGGGGCCAUGACGAGUACCUCUACCACGUCGUCAAGGACCAGUCCACCCUCCCCGACGGGGCCCUUGCCAUGAUCCGAUACCACUCUUUCUACCCCUGGCACCGUGAGGGUGCUUACCAGCACCUCAUGUGCGACAAGGACUGGGAGAUGCUCAAGGCCGUCAACGCCUUCAACCCCUACGACUUGUACUCCAAGAGCGACGGUGUUCCCGAUGCUGAGAAGCUCAAGCCUUACUACAUGGAACUCAUCAGCGAGUACUUCCCCAACCCUGUCAUCAAGUGGUAG